AUGAGUAAUAAUAGCGUAUUGUCGAUAUAUAGACAAUUAUUAAGAGAAGUGAGAAUUCAGUUCGUGGCUCGCAACAAGAAUACUUUGUGGGAGAGCGAAUUGAAACAAAAGUUUCGAGAUAAUCGAGGCAUCACCGACACUAAAUUAAUCCACAUUCUGACCAAAGACGCGCAAGACAUUUUGACGUUUCUAAAGAGUACUCGCAAGCACGCUGAACUCUUGAAACUAUACAAUCCAACUCGUGACUUGUCGCAAGAAAGCAAAGUGAAGUUGACUGCUAAUCGAGUAGGCCUGACACUGUCAGAUGCGACUAAUUCAAGUGAAUAA